GCAACGAAAAAAUCUUCAGUAAGUGCAAAAGCGAAGCGCAGCAAAUUUUGUGUGAACAGCCAUUUCAAAACAAAAACAUCCGCGAAAAAUCGUUUUACCACGACGGGAAUUAACCGGGAAAAGUGGUAACUUCCGUACAACGAUCCACAGCAAUGCGUAUGACACGGUUUUCACGCGGUCGCCCGGAUUACGGUGGAGUUCGAAGGGGGCAGAAUGGUCGCUUUCGUGGUGGUCCUAGCGGUUCACCGAGUCGAUUCGGACGCCAGAGACGCCCAAGUUUUGAGCACCCCUAUCGACCACAGCAGCACGCUCAUCCAGACCAUUACGACCAUCCGGCUGCCGGUCGUCAUCCGCACCACCAUCGGACCACUGAUGAAUUUCAUACUCAAUCGCACCAUUACCCACAUCAACAACAUCGCCCCCACCGCCACGAACAGCAAUCGUCGCACCUGGCUGAACGGGAACGGUAUCCGGUCCAUCGGCACAGAUCGUCAAACGAGCUAAUUGCACAAAGUCCUUCGGUAGAAAAGGAAGUGCCGGCACGAGUAUCGCGGGAACGGGUGCGUAGUCCGGUCGCGGAACGACGGCGAACCAAACGGCGGGAUCGUAGUCUCAGUGUGGCACUGAGCGAUAUCAGUUCCGGAAGCAGUUUCUUUGCCGACGUAGGGGACAGCGAUGCGUAUGCAAGUCCAGACUAUGAUGAACUUACCAGUGAAGAGGAUGAGGAAAUUGAAGAAGAGGAGGAGGAAGAAGAAGAGGUCCUGGAGGAAGUAGUGAAGCGGAAGAAGAGAAAGAAAGACAAAAAGAAAAAGGACAAGGAGCGGAAGCUGCGAAAGAAGGAGAAGAAACGUAAGAAGGAAAUUCUGGAAGAACGGAUCUGUCCGCCGGAGCAUGAGGUUGCUCAGUCGAAGGAAAUCUUCUCUUCGGGCAAGAACAUUCUGGUGAGCGUAAGCUUUGCCGAUGGCGACCAGGAGGAUGCGGCUGCAGCGGAACGCGCCUACCGGAAGUCCAAGAAGAAGAAAUCCAACCGGAAGAAGUCCAAGGGAGAAAGCAAACACAAAGAUGAACGCAAGAAGCACGACGCGUCGUUGGAGUACCCAUCUUCGAGUCAACGAAAGAAGCGUAAAGUAGACGAGAACGUGAAACCCGUGGCAAUUAUUGACUUGGAACGAUCUCCAGGCAAGCAGCUCAUAUCCAGUCCUAAGGAAGUCAUCGUUCUUAGCGAUGAGGAAGGUGGUAACAAGAAGAAGAAUAAACCCUCCAAUGAUCUGGUCGGACCAAAUACUCCUCCAGAACCUGCACCCAAAUCACCGGAGUCGUACGAUCCAUUCGAACCGACAAAAUCGCCAACUAUGUCACCAGCUUCGGGUCACAAUUUGGGCAGCAUAUCUACAGUCAGUUAUCCGGAGCAUCAUCAUCAGCUCCACCAUCAUCAUUCGCACCAACGCCAACCGAAGGAUCCACUAAUGACGGUCUCACAGACUUCGGUAGAUCUCAACAGUGUUGUCGGAGAUCACUACGACGAUGGUGUUCUGGACCUUCAUCCGUCGUCUCCGAUGGAUCAACUGUCACCAAGGGGGCACUAUCGACACUCGCCGUUCAAAACUCACCGGCCAUCGCCGAUGAAGAAAUCGAAUCACAACACGGCUCCGGCAACAAUCACUUCCGGUGCUAUGGUACCUGGAGGGACAAUGAGUGCCCAGCCUUUUGGCGAAGACAUGGACGAUGGUGAUAUUUCACCGUAUUCGCCACGAUCGAGCGACUGCGAUGACCACAUGUUCGACCCACCUCCGGAGGGUGGCUCGGCCAAUGGCGGCGGACAGCAGCAAACCAAGACCAUAGCCCUCACGGUAGACAAUCUGAGGAAGGUGUUUGGUAAUGACAAAAAGACACUGUACGGGGACCUGAGGAGGCCUAACGAGGCUGUUUUGCUGGUAGACGAAAUGUACAAACCGCAACGAGUAACGAUGGAAAUGCUGGAUGACAUGCCAAACUCGGCGGUUGACCUCCAGAUCAAAGAAAAGCUAAUUCAGAAGCUUCAGCGCCAGGAGCGAAUCAUCGAGGAAGUCAAGCACUUCCUCAAGCCACAUUUCAACAAGAAGCGCAUCAACAAAGACGAGUACAAGGACAUCAUGAAGAAGUCCGUCCCGAAGAUCUGCCACAGUCGCUCGGGUGAAAUCAACCCGGUGAAGGUCCAGAACCUGAUUACGGCGUACGUGAAGAAAGCGAUCGCGAAACGGCGCCUCGCCGGUUAUAGUGGAAACGCGAUCGUAUCCUCCACCACGGCGGUUACGUGAUUGCGCGAACGAUAAAUACAUUUGCACAUGCAAGAGUACUUCGGGUAGUGUUGUUUGUCGUUGUUCGUCGAGUGCUGCACGGUAGACCGUCGAAGAGUUUUUUAAAUUCUGUUCCGGUCGAGUGAAGUACCGACUACAAAUGUUGAUUGUUGGAAUGUUCCGAGGAAGUGUCGAAGCGAUUCCCCCAUGGAGGAAGAGGAAUCUUUGUGUUUAUAGUUCUAUGGGGCAUUUGGGUAACUGGGCUAUGAAGAUCUUAAAGACGUUGGAAAGUUUAAAGAAGUUUGAACAGCAGCAGGUGAAUUUGGUUGUCUCAGGUGAUAGUAACAAGUAUUCAGUGGAGCGUAUCAUUAUGAGAUGAAACAGAUUAUGGGAAGAAGAAAGGAAAGUGGUAAACGGUGGAAAUCGGACAGCUUUGAAAAUGAUCUACACUAUUGUAUUAUAGAAUAAAAGAGCUGCGUACGAUAAGAAAGGCAAUGUGCAACACUGUGGAAAAGAAGGUGUAUAAGUGGUAGUGAGUACCAUUCGUGAAUUUGUAGAAUAGUCUAAGUUGAAAGCAACAGAGCGUAAGUUAUAAUUUAUAAAUUUAUUUUUAUUAUACAUUUCAUCUUCAAUCAAAAAAUUAACUCAAAUUGAAAUUAUUCGCGGAAAUCGUUUUUGAAUUUUUCAUUUCUUCAACUGCAUUCGUUAAUUUUUCUUUGAUAUCGACAACGUUAUGAUAAAAAGAGAAUUCAAUCCCAAUUGAAGUUCCAGUUUCUAACUGUACUAUCAGAUCAGAAUGCAACUAUCCAGUAGAAUAGUUGACUAUAACCAUAUACAAUUGUAGGAAUAGCACUAACAUGAAUGUAAAACUUCUAGAUGGCGUUGUUUAAGUGCAAAACUAUGGAAAAUUUUAAAUGAUUAACCAAUAAAACAAAAUCUGCACAUGAAGUGCUCAUAGUGUGAAGUAA